AGAACAGCCGCAGUGGCGCGAAUAAACAAGGAGUUCCUGCAGGAAAUGUGCGCUGCUGUAUCGUCAACUUUUAGUGGGUUUCUAUUCGGGCAACUUUUCCAACCUUCCGUUUGAGUCGCGUAACAUUUAAAACUUCAACAGAGAUUUAACGUGUCGGUUAAGCUCUUUUUCAUCUUAUUCCAUCUCACUUGGGGAAAAAAACUAUGUCGGACGCUUUGUCUGAUGACGGCAGCGACGUCCACCAAGAUGAAACUCAGGAGGAGGUCAUGACCCCGGCGGAGCUGAUAGGCAAACUGGAAGAAGCUUGGCUGAACGAGAAGUUCUCACCGGAGCUCCUGGAGAACAAGUCGGAGGUGGUGGAGUGCGCGAUGGAGCAGCUGAGUCACAUGGAAGAAAACCUGCAGCGCGUGAAGAAAGGCGACAUGAAGGCCAGCGUCCACCGCAUGGAAAUCGACCGCAUUCGCUUCGUGCUCAGCAGCUACCUGCGAGCUCGUCUGCAGAAGAUCGAAAAGUUCUUCCCGCAUGUCCUGGAGAGAGAGAAGUCUCGGGGUGAGGGAGACCCGUCGCUGCUCUCGCCAGAGGAGUUUGCUUUUGCCAAAGAGUACUACGCCAACACAGAAACCUACCUGAAGGCCAUAGCACUGAAGCGCAUGCCCCCCAACCUGCAGGCCGUGGAUAUGCUCAAAGCAGUCCCCGAGCCCUGCCUGGACUCCUUCGUGUUCCUUCGAGUGAAGGAGAGACAGGAAAACAUCAUGGUUGAGCCUGAAUCCGAUGAUCAGAGAGAGUAUGUGGUAGAUCUGGAAGAGGGCUCCCAGCAUCUAAUGCGCUACCGAGCCGUAGCGCCGCUGGUCUCGAGUGGAGCCGUGCAGUUGAUCUGAACGUCGAGGUCUGUCGGUUGGUGUGGACGUUUUGGGCUCCAGGAGCUCAGAAAAUGGGCAAUGGCCUAUUUUUGUAACAAAGCGGUAAUUAAAAAGGUGCACAUUAACCGGCAGAGAUUACAUCUGGAUUUGCACUAAUCUUUCUGACUGUUGUCAGGAUUAAGGCCGAACUCGUGGGACACAAACGUGGACAUUUGUUGCACCAGAUCUUCAAGACGUGUAACUCUGAAAUAGCCCCAAAUAUGAGGUGGGAGGGGCUUGGUGACCCUGUGCACCAAAGCAGUGUUUUCUGUGCUGUGGUGUUUUAUCAUGUAGCAACUAACCUGCUCAAUACUUGUUACUUUAGCCGGGUUAUUGGUCUUAUUUUUCCCUCUGCUGCUCAGUAACAACAUGGUGAAGGUGAACUGUCAGCAUUUAGCACAUCAACUCAGGUUGUGCAUUAUUUCCUUUGAUCAUCACACUGAAAUGAAUAUAAAUUUCUGUCAUUAUAGAUGAUAUAAAUCCUGUUGCUGUUAUGAUAACCUCUGUACAUCUCUCCAUUUAAAGUUGAACGUUCCUUUUUA